UUUAUUUGUGUUCCAAAUUUAUGUGUUUUUUUGUGCAAUGUCUAUGGGCUAAGAACAUCCCAAAGUUUUGCAUUAACUAUAAAUUUCAAAAUUUUUAGUGAAUGAUGCAAAACGUUUGGAUAUUAGUGUGCGAUUUUAUUGUUAAAUUUUCGAUGAAUUUCAUAAAUUUUUAAAACUAUAUUCCAUCAAGUUCGCAAUUAAUUCAUCACAGACUAUCCAAGAUGUGUGCGAGUUGCCAGAAUCGUCCGAGUAGAACACAAUUAUCACAACAACAGCAUAUUGCAAGGAUUCGUACAAAAUGCAAUCCAGAAGGUGUUCUGCACGAACGUCGACAAAUAAAUGCACAAAGGCCCAGACCUCCUCCACAGGCACCAAUACAAAGACGUCGACCAUGUCCACAAAUCACAUCUAAUCGCCCACAGUUACCUGCGUUAGGGCCUCCGUGUGAUCCAUGCAGUGCAGGCGUUCCAGAUAUGGGUGGAAUGUCUUCUUCUCCGGAUUUUGAAUGUGAUCCAUGUAGAGCAGACACUCCAGUUAUGAGUAGAACGCAACCUGAGUGCAAUAUGAAUUUUCAAGGAGAACCAGAAAUGAUUCAAACGCCUAGUACUCGAGAACCAGAGUGUGAUGCAAGUUCUUUCGGCGUAGCAGAACUGUUUAAUAUGCAGUGUGAUGAUAUGAACCAGGCCCCAAGUGGUAAUAGGCGAAUGAGGUAUUGCUGUCAGAGACCAGAAGAAGUCGGCGAACCACCAAGAAGUGCUUCUGUUGGAUGUAUGUCUCCAGGAAUGGGACUUCAAAGAUCUGCUUCCUUAUCAAUGUCACAGAACCUAAAAACGCAAUAA